CAACUAAAUGCACACAAAUAUGCAAAAUUAAGCAUUCGCGAAAACGUUUAGGGUGGUCUCCGAUGAAUGUUUUCCACUAAUUUCAUUUGUGACGCGCGCGUUCAGUUCCAAGUGGACUUUUGUAUCGCACGGGUUUUUUUUUUUUUGCUGCCUCGCAGUCGCUCUCGAGAAGCAGCUAAUUAAGGAGUUAUGAAAAUUCGUUUAACCGUCUAAUUAUCCUACCAUCCAUGGAUUUCGAUGAAGUACUUAAAGAGGUCGGAUCCUUUGGUUUGUACCAGAAAAUCAUCAUUUGCUCGGUGCUCUUGCCCGCAGCGCUGCCUUGUGCCUUCCAUGCCUACAGUCAAUUAUUUAUCGCAGCAACGCCAAAGCACUGGUGUCGUGUACCCGAACUGGAGCCAUGGGCGCAGGACUAUCGAACGCUGGUGAAAAACCUCAGCAUACCUAUAAAUAUGAUCAAUAGCAGUGUGGAAUAUGCCAGCUGUACGAUGUACAAUCGGAAUUACUCGGAUAUUGUGAGAUAUAUGGAAUACCGCACCCCAAUAGAGUUGCAACAAGACAAGGUUUGGCAAAUCGGAAAUCCGGGGCGUGCACAAGUACUACAAUGCCAGCAUGGCUGGUAUUAUGAUCGCACUAUGUAUGCAAGCACAGUGGUCACAGAGUGGAAUCUUGUGUGCGACCAGAGCUUCUUGGUCACUCUUGCUUUGGUUCUCUUUGGCGUUGCAGGCUUGAUCGGCAACUACGUGUUUGGCUAUUUGCAAGAUAUGUGGGGUCGUCGCCCCUCAUUUUAUGUUUAUCUUCUUAUAGAGAUUGUAGCAUGUGCAGCCAGUGCCUUCGCUUGGAACUACUACUCCUGGUUGAGUAUGCGUUUUGUGGUGGGUCUUACCGUGCCAGCGAUACUCGCAAGCCCGUAUGUCCUUGCUAUUGAACUAGUCGGCCCUGAACAGCGCGUCUUCUGUACAAUUGUCUCUAAUAUCGCUUACUCAUGUGGUCUGGUACUACUCGCUGGCAUAGUCUAUUUAAUACGGGAUUGGCGCUUUCUCACCCUAACCGUAUCGCUGCCAUUGCUAUUGCUUUUUUCUUGCUAUUUCGUGCUACCAGAGUCUCCACGCUGGCUGAUCGCAGUGGGUAAAACACGGCAGGCGGCACGCAUCUUGAAAACUAUCGCUCGUGUCAACGGUCAUAAUAUUCCGCCAGAUUUUGUUAAACUUGUGCAUCAAAAGUUGCAGCAAGCAGAAGCGGCAAUAGGUAAAGAAGCGGAAACAACCUAUGGUAUUUUGGAUUUAUUUCGAACCACAAAUAUGCGCCGCAAAACGUUGAUUAUAACGCUCAUUUGGUUCGCAAACACCAGCGUGUAUGUAGGUUUAAGCUAUUAUGCACCAGCUUUGGGUGGCGAUGAAAUAUGGAACUUUUUUCUCGCUGGUAUUGUAGAGCUACCCACCUACAUAAUGCUUUGGCCAGGCUUAAGCUACUUCGGCCGGCGUUGGAUACUUUGCAUAUCAAUGUUGGUAGGGGGUGUGGCAUGUGUUUUGACAUUGUUGUACGAUGAGCAGCCAGAGGCGAUGCUGUUGCUUUAUUGCAUUGGCAAGAUGGGUAUUUCUUCGGCAUUUGUAGUGCUGCCGUUACUCGCCUCUGAACUCUACCCGACUGUAGUGCGUGGCCUGGGCAUGAGCUUUAGUUCAGUUGUUGCGAUGAUCGGACCAAUUGUCAUACCCAUUAUUAAUCACAUGGGUCAGCGUAUGUUGGUACUUCCGCUAAUUAUAAUGGGCGCCCUAUUAAUAAUCGGCGGCUUUGCUAGUCUUUUCUUGCCGGAGACGCGUGGCAAAAAUUUACCACAAACCAUUGAAGAGGGAGAAUCAGUGCCAUUGAAAUUUUUCAAUUGUUGUUGCUGUUGUUGUUGUACAAAAACGCCUCGCAGUACCGAUCUGAAUAAUUCGGCCUUGAUUGCGAAAUACAAGCGACAGCGUGAACGAGAACAAAUAGGACGGGGGCGUCGACAGCCAAUAACAGUAUGCAGUAUUUGUAAGAAUGAAAUUAAGGAGACGUGACAACUUUAAUAAAAUAAUAUUUAUGUGCAAUAUUAGAGUUAGAAUUUACAGUUAGUAAGAAUAAAAUACAAUAAUUUGUAGAAAAUAUGAGUCUUCGUCGAACAAAGGCGCUUAAAACAAA